CGUGACUUCGGCUCGCAAGCUAAGCUGAGCUAGUUUUCAUGUUACGCAUGUGUUCAGUGAAUCCACUUAAAUCUGCAAGCAUCUUUGCCCUGACGAAGCAUUAUGGAGGAGGAUCACAAAUGGAGGAUGUUGAGGAGGAUGACAAGAGCCACAUGAGCGGCUCAGUGACAUCUUUACCAGAGAUCUAUAGCACCAUCAACUGGAACGAAAUCCAUGAUGAGUGUGUGAGUAAAGUCCAUCAACACAUCCACACUGGAGAGAGGCUAUACAGCUGUGAUCAAUGUGAGAAGAGAUUCAUCAAAAAAAGUCAGCUGACACGCCACCAACACAUCCACAUUAGAGAGAGGCCAUACAGCUGUGAUCAAUGUGAGAAGAGAUUCAUCAGAAAAAGUCAGCUGACACAACAUCAACACAUCCACACUGGAGAGAAGCCAUACAGCUGUAUCUAUUGUGGAAAGAGCUUUGUUCAAAUGGCACAUCAGGCAGUCCAUCAGCAUAACUGCAGAAGAAAGGGGCUAUGUCAUGUCUGAGUAGGAGAAACGAAACGGAUGUUUUUCAGAUCACCAACAUACAAUGAAUACCUCUGAAUGCAUGUAAAUAGUUUCAAUACAAGCGAUUACAAAAGCAAUUUAAAGUUGCAAGGUUUUUUAUUUUAUUUUAUAAAUAAUCAUGUAAUAAUAAUGUACAUCUUCACACAUGUAACAAGUCAAACGCGAGUCCGGUUCUUAGAAAGUGUCUUAUUGUGGCUACACUUGGUUCCUGUUUUGGCCUUAGCUGUGUGACAAAGUGGUGCAGUUUGUAUUCACCAUUUGUCUCUUAUUCUUAUUUCUCAUUAACUUGCCUUCUUUAGUUGGUCAUAAUGCAUACAUUUAAACAUUACUUUGCAACUUUGCUUCACUUACUAUCCCGGGUUUGUUUGUGUUAUGUUGCAGUUUCCAUCUAUUUAUAUGUUUAGGUUGAAAUGUUUACUUCUGGAUUAUUGGUUGAAUUUGUUUAUUUUGUUUCAAAGUAUAUUCAUGGUAUUUGGUUUCCUUUUUACUCAUCAUUGUUUAUCCCUUGUCGAUCUGCAGCAGAACUAUGGGAGGGGCCGGCCCAGUGUUUCCUGCUUGAAUGUCUGGAUGAUGUCAUUAAUUACCUUGCUGGGUUCUCCCAAUUAGAGGGUUUUCUAUAAAGAAUUGCUGUGUUUUUUCCUUAAAGUAACUUUUUGAGUUAUCUUCCACUCCAUGGUUUAUUUUUCAGACUAUUUCAUUAUGUAGAUGAGUUUGUAAUGUUGUUUUUCUGUUUAGAUUUUGGUUUUUUUGU